GUGAGGACCCGGGAGGGGCAGAGGCGGUGGAGCGCGUGGCUCCCGGCUGCCCGCGCCAGCCCUGCCCGGCCCGACGCGCGGCCUCAGUGCCGCCCGCAGCGCAGCGCACUGGGAUCCGCGCGCCGAGCGGGACCCCGCCGGGCGCGGCCUGGAAGGAGCGGGAAAGCAAAGGAUUCCUUCGAGAAACAAGCUGAAGUAAUGAGAAGACAUUAUGGAGGCCCAGUCCCACAGCUCUACAACCACUGAGAGGAAGAAAGCUGAAAAUUCCAUUGGGAAAUGUCCAACAAGAACAGAUGUCAGUGAGAAGGCUGUGGCCUCAAGUACCACUUCGAAUGAGGAUGAAAGUCCUGGACAGAUCUAUCACCGAGAGAGAAGAAACGCAAUCACUAUGCAGCCUCAGAGUGUGCAGGGUCUCAGCAAAAUCAGUGAGGAGCCCUCAACAUCUAGUGAUGAGAGGGCCUCAUUGAUCAAGAAAGAGAUCCAUGGAUCUCUCCCACAUCUGGCAGAGCCCUCUCUCCCUUAUCGUGGGACUGUGUUUGCCAUGGAUCCCCGGAAUGGUUACAUGGAGCCUCACUACCACCCUCCUCAUCUUUUCCCUGCUUUCCAUCCUCCUGUACCAAUUGAUGCCAGACAUCAUGAGGGCCGUUACCAUUAUGAUCCAUCUCCUAUUCCUCCAUUACAUGUGCCUUCUGCCUUAUCUAGUAGCCCGACGUAUCCAGACUUGCCCUUCAUUAGGAUCUCGCCACACCGGAACCCCACUGCAGCUUCAGAGUCCCCCUUCAGCCCGCCACACCCCUACAUCAACCCAUAUAUGGACUACAUCCGCUCAUUACACAGCAGCCCGUCCCUCUCCAUGAUCUCAGCUGCCCGAGGGCUGAGCCCUACAGACGCCCCCCAUGCUGGAGUCAGCCCCGCGGAAUACUAUCACCAGAUGGCUCUGCUAACAGGCCAGCGCAGCCCUUAUGCAGACAUCCUUCCCUCGGCUGCCACGGCUGGUGCAGGGGCCAUCCAUAUGGAGUACCUUCAUGCCAUGGACAGCACCAGAUUUCCCAGCCCUAGGCUGUCAGCUAGGCCCAGCCGAAAGCGUACACUGUCGAUAUCACCACUGUCAGAUCAUAGCUUCGACCUUCAGACCAUGAUAAGAACAUCUCCUAACUCCUUGGUCACAAUCCUCAAUAAUUCCCGUAGCAGCUCUUCAGCAAGUGGUUCCUAUGGGCACUUAUCGGCAAGUGCAAUCAGCCCUGCUUUGAGCUUCACCUACCCCUCCGCUCCUGUGUCUCUCCAUAUGCAUCAACAGAUCCUAAGCCGACAGCAAAGUUUAGGCUCUGCAUUUGGACAUAGCCCUCCCCUCAUCCACCCUGCUCCAACAUUUCCAACACAGAGACCUAUCCCUGGGAUUCCGACCGUUCUGAACCCUGUCCAGGUCAGCUCUGGCCCUUCUGAGUCCUCACAGAGCAAGCCCACAAGCGAGUCUGCAGUGAGCAGCACCGGUGACCCUAUGCAUAAUAAGCGUUCCAAGAUCAAACCUGAUGAAGACCUCCCCAGUCCAGGAUCACGGGGGCAGCAGGAACAGCCGGAAGGAACAACCCUAGUCAAGGAGGAAGGGGACAAAGAUGAAAGCAAACAGGAGCCUGAAGUCAUCUACGAGACAAACUGCCACUGGGAAGGCUGCACAAGAGAGUUCGACACCCAGGAUCAACUUGUGCAUCAUAUCAAUAAUGACCACAUUCAUGGAGAAAAGAAAGAGUUUGUAUGCCGCUGGCUUGAUUGUUCAAGAGAGCAGAAACCGUUCAAAGCCCAGUACAUGUUGGUAGUACAUAUGAGAAGACACACUGGGGAGAAGCCUCACAAAUGUACAUUUGAAGGUUGCACAAAAGCCUACUCAAGACUCGAAAACCUGAAAACUCACUUGAGAUCUCACACUGGAGAGAAGCCAUACGUCUGUGAGCAUGAGGGCUGCAACAAGGCUUUCUCUAAUGCUUCAGAUCGGGCCAAGCACCAAAACAGAACACAUUCCAAUGAGAAACCGUAUGUAUGCAAAAUCCCUGGCUGCACCAAGCGUUACACAGACCCCAGUUCUCUCCGGAAACACGUGAAGACUGUGCAUGGCCCUGAGGCUCAUGUUACCAAGAAGCAGCGUGGGGACUUGCAUCCUCGGCCUCCACCCCCGAGAGAUUCUGGCAGCCAUUCACAGUCCAGGUCCCCUGGCCGGCCGACUCAGGGAGCGUUUGGUGAGCAGAAGGAGCUGAGCAACACUACCUCAAAGCGGGAAGAAUGCCUCCAGGUGAAAACUGUCAAGGCUGAAAAGCCCAUGACAUCUCAGCCAAGCCCUGGUGGUCAGUCUUCAUGCAGCAGCCAACAGUCCCCCAUCAGCAACUAUCCCAACAGUGGGCUCGAGCUUCCUCUGACUGAUGGAGGUAGUGUAGCAGACCUCAGUGCCAUCGAUGAAACCCCAAUCAUGGACUCGACCAUUUCCACGGCAACCACAGCCCUUGCUUUGCAAGCCAGGAGAAACCCGGCAGGGACCAAAUGGAUGGAGCACAUCAAACUUGAAAGGCUAAAACAAGUGAAUGGAAUGUUUCCAAGACUAAACCCUAUUCUACCCUCCAAAGCCCCUGCGGUAUCUCCUCUCAUAGGAAAUGGCACACAGUCCAAUACCAGCUAUAGUUCGGGUGGACCCGGGACCCUCCUCCCGAGCAGAAGUGACCUGUCAGGUGUAGACUUCACUGUGCUGAACACACUCAACAGGAGAGACAGCAACACCAGCUCUAUCAGCUCUGCCUACCUGAGCAGCCGCAGAUCCUCGGGCAUCUCCCCCUGCUUUUCCAGCCGCAGGUCCAGCGAGGCGUCACAGGCUGAAGGGCGACCCCAGAACGUGAGUGUGGCCGACUCUUACGAUCCCAUCUCCACAGAUGCUUCAAGGAGGUCCAGUGAGGCCAGCCAGAGUGAUGGGCUGCCCAGUCUUCUCAGCCUCACACCCGUCCAGCAGUACCGCCUUAAGGCCAAGUAUGCUGCUGCCACUGGUGGCCCACCACCCACACCUCUGCCCCACAUGGAAAGACUGAGCCUGAAGACCAGGAUGGCCUUGCUAGGGGAGGGGAGGGACUCAGGGGUUACCCUGCCUCCAGUCCAUCCUCCUCGGAGAUGCAGUGAUGGGGGAGGCCACACAUAUAGCAGGCGUCACCUGCUGCCUCAUGAUGCGCUAGCGAACAGUGUGAGGAGAGCCAGCGACCCUGUGAGGACAGUCUCGGAGAACAUGUCCCUUCCCAGGGUGCAACGCUUCAGCAGCCUCAAUAGCUUUAAUCCUUCAAAUUUGCCUCCAUCAGUGGAAAAGCGUAGCUUAGUGCUGCAAAACUAUACCCGGCAGGAGAGCAGCCAACCCAGGUACUUCCAAGCAUCCCCUUGCCCUCCCAGCAUCACAGAGAAUGUUGCCCUGGAGGCUCUGACCAUGGAUGCUGAUGCUAACUUGAAUGAUGAAGAUUUCCUGCCAGAUGAUGUGGUACAGUAUUUAAAUUCCCAGAACCAAACAGGGUAUGGGCAGCAAUUGCAGAAUGCCAUCUCUGAAGACAGUAAAGUUGCCCGUGAGCCAGAGGACUUGGACUUACCGGGGCUGCCAGACAGUCAUGUUGGCCAGCAGUACUCAGCUCUGGAGCAGCCCUGCUCUGAGGGCAGUAAAACUGAUUUGCCCAUCCAGUGGAAUGAGGUCAGUUCUGGAAGCUCUGAUCUGUCAUCCUCCAAGCUGAAAUGUGGUCAGCGCCCUAGCGUACAGCAGGCUCGAAGCUUUGGGUUAUACAACAAUAUGGUGGUACACCCACAGAAUCUGUGGAAGGUUGGCACUGGUCCAGCUGGGGGAUACCAGACUCUGGGGGAGAACGGCAGUACCUACAGUGGCCCAGAGCACUUUGCAGUUCACAGUGGGGAUGGACUUGGCCCCAAUGAAAAUACUUUCCAUGAACAGCCCUAUAAGACCCAGCAGUAUGGGAGUCAGCUCAACAGGCAGCCACUAACUUCCAGUGCUCUAGACAAUGCCUGUGGUGCUGGGAUUCAAGGGUCCAAGCUGAAAGGCAACAGCUUGCAAGAGAGUGGGGGUUUGCUAGAUUUUGGCCUGUCCAUGGCACCAAAUGAGUUAGCUGGCAACAUGGUGAAUGGCAUACAAACCCAAGAUCAAAUGGGACAGGGAUACAGUGCUCAUCAGCUGCUCAGUGGCAGCAUGCAACACCAGGGGCCCAGCCGCCCUGGUCAACAGGUACUAGGACAGGUUAGUGCUACCUCACAUAUCAACAUCUAUCAAGGGACAGAGAGCUGCCUACCAGGGACUCAGGACAACAGAGGCCAGCCAUCAAGUAUAGCAGUUAUCAGGGGCUACCAGCCCUGUGCCAGCUAUGGGGGUAGCAGGCGUCAGACAAUGCCAAGGGGCAGCCUCACUCUGCAACAAGGACAGCUCAGUGACAUGAGUCAGACCAGCAGGGUGAACAGCAUCAAAAUGGAGGCACAAGGGCAAUCCCAGCAGCCCUGCUCUAAUGUGCAGAAUUAUUCCGGUCAGUUCUAUGACCAAACCCUGGGCUUCAGUCAGCAAGACAGGAAAGCUGGCUCAUUUUCCCUCUCAGAUGCCAACUGCCUGCUCCAGGGGAAUGACACUGAAAACUCUGAGUUACUUUCCCCAGGUGCUAACCAGGUGACAAGCACAGUUGACAGCUUUGAGAGUCAUGACCUAGAAGGCGUGCAGAUUGAUUUUGAUGCCAUCAUAGAUGAUGGGGACCAUACCAGCCUAAUGUCAGGGGCCUUGAGCCCAAGUAUCAUUCAGAACCUUUCCCACAGCUCCUCCCGUCUCACCACACCACGGGCAUCCCUCCCAUUCCCACCCCUGUCCGUGAGCACCACCAACAUGGCUAUUGGGGAUAUGAGUUCUUUGCUGACCUCCCUUGCAGAAGAAAGCAAGUUCCUUGCAGUUAUGCAGUAGGUGGUAGACAAGGAGGACCACAAAUAGGAAAACAUUAGGACUUGAAAGACUGAAAUGA